AUGUACCAGAGCAACAACAGGUACCAGAGCAGCAACAGAGCAACAACAAAAAAGAGCAGCAACAGGUACCAGAGCAGCAACAGGUACCAGAGCACAACAGGUAACCAGAGGAAACAACAGGUACCAGAGCAACAACAGGUACCAGAGCAGCAAAAGUACCAGAGCAACAACAGGUACCAGAGCAGCAACAGGUACCAGAGCAGCAACAUGCACAGAGCAACAACAGGUACCAGAGCAGCAACAGGUACCAGAGCAGCAAUAGGUACCAGAGCAAACAGGUACGAGCAGCAACAUGUACCAGAGCAGCAACAGGUACCAGAGCAGCAACAGGUACCAGACAACAAGUACCAGAGCAGCAACAGGUACCAGAGCAGCAACAGGUACCAGGAGCAGCAGGUACCAAAGCAACAACAAGUACCAGAGCAGCAACAG